UGCUCUUCACUAGUCCAGUCGUAAUUUGAGUAAGAAACGGUCCGGAACAUUUUGCUGAAACUAAACAUUGAAAAAUGGAUCAACGUUUUAUUAGAAGUGCAUUAUUUACUGUCGUGUUCGUGAUGCUGUUUGGUACUGGCUCGCCUCUUCUGGUUACCAUCAGCGGUAAAGGAAAGUCGAAUGCGAAACUACCGUUCCAAACAGUACUACCUUGUGCCACGGAUGCCGAUUGUAACUCGCUGCAGAACACAACCUGCAUCGAUAUAGAAUCAAGUUCAACCAAAACAUGCCGCUGUGAGGAUAUGGAAUUCCCUAACUUGGGGCACUGUUGGUUAUUAAAUAAAGAUCUCAACAGCCUAUGUUCCGGUGCACAGGAUUGCUAUACCCAUGGCAACGAUCGAGAUAGCGUUGACUGCAUAGAAUCAAGAUGAAAAUGUCAACUGGGCUACUUUGUCGAUGGAGGAGAGUUCGUCUUGUCAAGAG